AUGUCCACUCACACCACCGCACCCCCACCCAUGUACGACGCGGAGGGCGAUGGUGCUGACAUCUAUCUGCGCAUCGACUCUACAUCGGCCAGCACGAUGCCCGACAAGCACGACAACUCGGAACCUAUUCCGUUCGUUGUGAUGCUCAUCUAUGGGCCAACUAACGCUCUCACGCUCCCUGUUCCCCACCGAUGA